AUGAAGACACAUCAGUUUUUCUCUCUGCCAUUAUCGUUUCUCACAGGCUCCCCGGCAGCAGACAGCAUAAGCCCAAAUGAAACAAAGCCAAAGAAAGCCAAACUCCCCAAAAUAAAAAAGGAGAACAACGUACUCUUGCUGAAAAAGAGCAACUUUGACAGAGCAUUGAAGGAAACUGAGUACCUGCUGGUGGAGUUCUGUAUCAAUUUCCGCUUCAGACAGGCCUCAGCCUUUAUUACAUGGGUGAAAAGAAGAACAGGACCUAGCACUGUUUUAAUCAACUCUACUGAUCAGGCUGAAGCCAUCAUACGUGCUGACAAUUUGGCAGUGAUUGGCUUUUUUUAAGUCAAGGAACUUCACAAUGACAGUGUGGAACUCUUCUGUGAGACGGCAAGAGAAGUGCCAGAGAUGCCUUUCGGGAUGACAGCCAGCGAGGACAUCUGUGCUAACUACGGCAUCCAAAAGAACACUCUUGUGUUUAAGAAGGUAGGAAUGCAAGUCUAGCAGGCAAGGGACAAUAAUGAAGUGCUUGAAGAUGGCAGACAGAACAAACUGGAUCUAACGAGGCUAAUCAAAACCUUUACCUUGGAUUUGGUCACUGAGUAUGAUCUUGAGACAUCUGUGAAGAUUUUUGAUGUCCCUGUUGAAAAUCACAUCCUGCUGUUCACCCCAACAAACUCAGAGACAUUCAGUGCAAUUUAUGAAAACUACAAGUCUGCUGCUGCGGAAUUUAGAGGAAAGAUGUUUAUCUUGGUGGAUACUAAUGAAACAAGGAAUGGACGGUUUGAGUAUUUUCUCAUGAGGGAGGCUGACGUUCCCGCCGUGAGAAUCGUAAAUCUGACAAACCAUGCAAAGUACAAAAUGCCUGCAGACAAGGUGACUGCGGAGAACCUAAAAGAAUUUUGCCAGAGCUACCCUAAAUGGAAAAGCAAAAGGUAUCUAUAUCUAUCUAGUGAAGAAAUUCCAGAGGACAGGAACAAGAUGCCUGUCAACGUGCUUGUUGGGAAGAAUUUCAACAGGUUUGUCUUCAAUAAGACCAUGACUGUGUUUGUCAUGUUUUAUGCCCCUUGGUCCUAUGACUGCAGAAAACUCCUGCCAAUCUGGGAUAAGCUAGGAGAGCAAUACGAAGGUUGCAAAGACAUAAUCAUUGCGAAGACAGAUGUCACAGCAAACGACAUCCUGUCCGUUGGAUUAGAUUGCUAUCCGUUCUUCACACUCUUUCCUGCUGGACCAGAUUACCAGGAGGUGGCCUAUGCCAGGGAGCAUACCUUGGAGGCAUUCUCUGAAUUCUUAGAAGAACAAAGCAAGACAAAAGCAGAACCAGGAGAGAAGGAUCCUUCAGGAGGAAUCAAGGAGGAUCUCAGCCAAAAAGAGACUGUAAUAACAGAGAAAGAAGAACUGUAA